GCCAGAGAGAGGGCGAUAGAGUCCACUUUCCUCCAACUGCCCUGGGUCUCCUUCCCUCACUCUCUUCUUUAGCAACACCAAGAGCCCCAAACUGAACCCAGAGCAGCUUUUUCCAUCAGUUCAGUUCCCUUCCCUCCGUCUCACACACGGCAAGGAGCGAGCCCCUUCCUCCUCUUGAUUUCCCUUUGCAUGCUCAGCCUCUUGUUUCUUUUAAAGCACUAGAAUCCCCCCCUGUCUUGCCCCCACUCCUCCAUGCAGACUGGGAUUGCCAUGGGAGCUUUGCAGAUUGCUGGAUUUUCCAUCCUUCUCUUUCUGCACCACUCUGGAAACACGCUGGCAAAUAAAGCCAGUCAAGAUGUUGAUGAGUGUGUGGAGGGCACUGACAACUGCCACAUCGAUGCCAUCUGCCAGAACACCCCCAAGUCCUACAAGUGCAUCUGCAAGUCUGGCUACACCGGUGAUGGGAGGCACUGCAAAGAUGUGGAUGAGUGUGAGAGGGAAGACAAUGCAGGCUGUGUCCACGAGUGCGUCAACAUCCCUGGCAACUAUCGCUGCACCUGCUACGAUGGCUUCCACCUGGCACAUGAUGGCCACAACUGCCUGGACCUGGACGAGUGCUCAGAGGGCAACGGCGGCUGCCAGCAGACCUGUGUCAAUAUGAUGGGCAGCUAUGAGUGCUUCUGCCGGGAGGGCUUCUUCCUCAGUGACAACCAACACACCUGCAUCCAGCGUCCUGAAGAAGGAAUGAACUGCAUGAAUAAGAACCAUGGCUGUGCUCACAUCUGCCGGGAGACCCCCAAGGGGGGCAUCGCCUGCGAGUGCCGCCCUGGCUUUGAGCUCACCAAGAACCAGCGUGACUGCAAAUUGACCUGCAACUACGGGAAUGGGGGCUGCCAGCACACCUGCGACGACACCGAGCAGGGGCCCAAGUGUGGCUGCCACGUCAAGUUCCUGCUGCACUCAGACGGCGUCACCUGCAUCGGGGAGAGACACUUCCAGCAACACGUUAUCCUUGAGACGUUUUCUAAUGAGACCUGUGCUGUGAACAAUGGGGGCUGUGACAGCAAGUGUCACGACGCGGCUACAGGCGUUCACUGCAGCUGCCCCAUGGGCUUCAUGCUCCAGCCUGACAGAAAAACCUGCAAAGACAUCGAUGAGUGCCGGCUCAACAACGGUGGCUGCGACCACAUCUGCAGGAAUACUGUGGGCAGCUUUGAGUGCAGCUGCAAGAAAGGCUACAAGCUGCUCAUCAACGAGAGGAACUGCCAAGACAUUGAUGAGUGCUCCUUCGACCGGACCUGCGACCACCUCUGCGUCAACACCCCCGGCAGCUUCCAGUGCCUCUGCAACAAGGGCUACACGCUCUACGGGCUGACCCACUGCGGAGACAUUGAUGAAUGCAGCAUCAACCGAGGUGGCUGCAAAUUCGGCUGCAUCAACACCCCUGGCAGCUACCAGUGCACCUGCCCUGCAGGCUGCAAGCUGCACUGGAACAAGAAGGACUGCACAGCAGGCACGUGUCCCUCAGACCUGCUGAAAUGCCUGCCAGGGUCAGUGCCACCACGGGCCACACUCACCUGCAACAAGACAGGCAAGAAGGACAGCUGUGCCCUCACCUGUGCCACCAAGGCCCGCUUCCUGCCAGAGUCCGAGAGCAGCUACACAGUGAGCUGUGGGACCCCUGUCCUACGGCAGGGUGCCCAGCAGAGACCUGCCAACAGCAGCCAGCAGUGCCUCGAGACUGCUGCUGCCCCAGUCAAGCAGAAGGCUUCCUUCAAGAUCAAAGAUGCCAAGUGCCACCUGCACCCACGGGCCAAGGGCAAGCAGGAUGAGGCCGGGAAGGCUGGACUGCAAGGCAGCUCGGCACCUUGCUCUGACUGCCAGGUCACCUUUGUCAACCUCAAGUGCGACUCAUCCAAGAAGGGGAAGGGUCGCCGGGCUCGCAACUCCUCUGGCAAGGAGGUGACGCGCAUCACGCUGGAGUUUGAGGCAGAGAUCAAGGCAGAUGAGAUCACAGCCAGCUGCAGCCUGCACUGCCUGCGGCAGAGAGUGGAGAAGAAGCUGAAGUCGGCCAUCAAAGCCCUGAAGAAAUCCAUCAACCAGGAGCGCUUCCUGCUGCGCUUCGCGGGGCUGGAGUACGAGCUGGCCAGGAAACUGAGUGUGGCCCCAGAGGGCCAGGAGAGCUGCGGGCCCGGCCAGCAGCGCCUGGGCAGCAAGUGUGUUAGCUGCUCGCAGGGAACCUUUUACCACGGGCAGAUGGAGCAGUGCGUCCCCUGCCCCCCCGGCACCUUCCAGGAGAAGGAGGGGCAGCUCUCCUGCGACCUGUGUCCCCGCGGUGACGCUUUUGGACCAGUGGGAGCCACCAACAUCACCGGCUGCACGGGUCAGUGUCCCCCCGGCCAGCACUCGGCUGAUGGCUUCAAGCCCUGCCAGCCAUGUCCCCGUGGGUCCUACCAGCCCGAGGUGGGGCGGGCACUCUGCUUCCCCUGUGGUGGGGGGCUGAGCACCCGCCACGAGGGAGCCACCUCCUUCCAGGACUGCGACACCAAAGUGCAGUGCUCCCCCGGGCACUACUACAACACCAGCGUGCACCGCUGCAUCCGCUGCGCCCUGGGCAGCUACCAGCCUGAUUUCAGGCAGAACUUUUGCAUCACCUGCCCUGGCAACACCACCACCGACUUCGAUGGCUCCACUUCCGUGUCCCAGUGCAAAAACCGGCAGUGUGGGGGGGAGCUGGGCGAGUACACAGGUUACAUCGAGUCCCCCAACUACCCGGGCAACUACCCUGCCAACGUGGAGUGCACCUGGAACAUCAACCCCCCGCCCAAGCGCAAGAUCCUCAUCGUGGUGCCUGAGAUCUUCCUCCCCUCCGAGGAUGAGUGUGGAGACGUCUUGGUCAUGCGGAAAAACUCCUCCCCAUCCUCCAUCACCACCUACGAGACGUGCCAGACCUACGAGAGGCCGAUCGCUUUCACUGCUCGCUCCCGCAAGCUGUGGAUCAACUUCAAAACCAGCGAGGCCAACAGCGCCCGCGGCUUCCAGAUCCCCUACGUCACCUACGACGAGGACUAUGAGCAGCUGGUGGAGGACAUCGUGAGGGACGGCAGGCUCUAUGCCUCUGAAAACCACCAGGAGAUCCUCAAGGACAAGAAGCUGAUCAAAGCUUUCUUCGAUGUGCUGGCGCACCCCCAGAACUACUUCAAGUACACGGAGAAGCACAAGGAAAUGCUGCCCCGCUCCUUCAUCAAACUCCUCCGCUCCAAAGUCUCCAGCUUCCUCCGGCCUUACAAAUAGCCCCCGGGCCGCCCCGCAGCCAAGGCAGCCCUCUUCUCCCUUCCUCCUCCUUUCCGGUUUUCUCCUCCCUCCUCUCGGCUCCGGCAGCACCGGCACCUCUCGCCCCGCAGACGUCCGCCCGACGUUUCUCCGGUGCUCCCCACAAGCCGUACCCCUCGCUGUGGGGGGAAGCUCCGGUCUCAUCCGGCCGCCGACGAAGUCGCUCCUCUCUUACGAAGCAGCUUCUGCACCAUAGGAACCUGAAGCGCUGAUCCUGUCACCAUCCUGUGCCCAACCUUUGGCUUCCUUUACGCCAGGUCUGUCCCACUUCCCCGGUGCCACUGCCUGCCUUGGACACGUGGGGGAGGUCAUCGUCCUCCCAGCCCACGGGGCUGGUGCUGGCUGCAGCCCUGCCGAGCGCUGUGGUAGAGGAGCGCA